CCCGGGUCUCUGCGGCGACUUCUUCACCUGGCUGCCAUUAGUUCACCGCCUGCGGCCGACGCAGUCGCUUCGAUCGCUCCGGAAUCGAUCCGUUAACGCUUUCACGGCGAUCUGUAAUAACAACCCAAAGAACUGAUACACCCAACAUGGAUAUCGGCACCAAGUCCAGCAAGUCGGCCUUCUCCAUCGAGAAUAUCUUGGAGCAGAAGACGAGGAUAGCAAGGAGUCCGCCCAUCGACUCCCCCCAUCGAUCUCAGCCGCGUCGGGAAUCCUCUCAAAGUCCUGCGGCAGGAACAGGAGCGGGAAUACCUUCCCCACCAGCACUAGCCAUUCCCAAGGCUUCGCUGGCCACCAGUUCUCCCUCCGCCACGUCCGCCUCCACCUCCAGUAUAUACGACCUGUCCCGCGAGGCAGCCGCCGCCCAGUAUGCCCUCAAGAACAUGGACUCCAGUGGGGUGCUGGCACCCACCUCUCUCCGAUUCAACCCCAUCUACCCGGAUCCAGCCUCGCUGUUCUACCAGCAGGUGCUCAACCUGCAGAAGAAUCCCUCGCUCUUCAUGCCCCACUUCCAGGCAGCCGCAGUGGCCGCCGCAGCCGCCGUCCAGCCGACAGCCUAUUGUGAUCAAUACAGUCCGUUCGCCAUGGACUGCGAGGGAUUCCCAAAUCCCGCCACCGCUGCCGCCGCCCUCUACUGCAACGCCUAUCCGGCGGCCAGUUUCUACAUGUCCAACUUCGGCGUGAAGCGGAAAGGUGGCCAGAUCCGGUUCACCUCCCAGCAGACCAAAAAUCUCGAGGCUCGGUUCGCCAGCUCCAAGUACCUGUCGCCCGAGGAACGGCGUCACUUGGCGCUCCAACUGAAACUGACCGAUCGCCAGGUGAAGACCUGGUUUCAGAACCGUCGUGCCAAGUGGCGACGGGCCAAUCUCAGCAAGCGCAGUGCCUCCGCCCAAGGAGCAGCGACCACGACAGGAUCCCCCUCCCCCGCCUCGAAUGGCGGCGUUCCCAUCCCGAACCUGGGCAGCGGGAGCAGGAGUGGCCAGCAGAGCGACGAGGAGGAUCGCAUGUAUCUGUCCGAGGACGAUGAGGACGACGACGAGGAGGAGGAGACGGAGGAUGCCCCCAAGUGAAGCUCGAAGAUUGCCCACUUACUCAUAAGAUAGUUCAGCUUGUAGUUAGGUUAAAUAAAUGUAUUUCAAUAUA